AUGUCGAGCUCCAUGGAGCCGCGGCCGCUUACGUCGGCCUUCGAGAGCCCGACCUUUGAUGAGGACAGCUCAUUUCAUGUGGAACAACCGGUCGGUUCUAUGUCCAUAUCCCCUUGCGGGCGGGAUGUGGUGCUGGCCUCCAAGGAAGGUCUACAUGUCAUUGAUCUGGACUCACCGUAUUCUCCACCCCGUUAUCUGCCUCACCAUACACCAUGGGAGGUCGCCGAUGUGCAGUGGUCUCCUUUCGCCUCUCGCGAUUAUUGGGUGGUAAGCACAUCUAACCAGAAAGCUUUGGUAUGGAAUCUAGCCAUGAAGACAUGGCAGAACUCCAUCGAGUUUGUGCUCCACGCACAUUCGCGCGCGAUUACGGACAUAAACUUUUCGGCGUUCCAUCCCGAUAUUCUUGCUACCUGUGCCGUCGACAGUUUCGUUCAUUGUUGGGAUCUUCGCACACCGUCCCGUCCGGCGAUCUCGUUUUCGGAUUGGUUUACCGGCGCCACCCAAGUGAAAUGGAACCGGCAAGAUCCCCAUGUGAUUGCUAGUUCCCACGAUCGCUUUCUUCGUAUCUGGGACGAUCGCAUGGGCGCGUACCCGAUUCGGUCCAUCGAAGCUCAUGACACGAAGAUUUAUGGCGUGGAUUGGAAUCGAGUCCGGCGGGGCGCUUUAACGACGUGCUCGCUUGACAAGACAAUCAAAUUUUGGGACUAUACCUCGGAAACCGAUGAGCCCGAGAAGCUGAUACGGACUCCAUUUCCCGUAUGGCGUGCUAGAAAUACUCCGUUUGGAUGGGGUGUGACUGCCAUGCCACAACGGGGGAACAGCGAUCUUCAUCUUUAUAGCCGGCGAGCCGGCGAAGGCAGCAAUCCCGAAGAUGACCUGCCUUUAGUGCACAGCUUCCCAGGCCAUAAAGGUCAGGUGAAAGAAUUUCUAUGGAGGCCCCGCGGCGGUGUGGUGGAUGGAAUCGAUCACCGAGAAUUCCAGCUGGUCACAUGGGGCACAGACCGAGAGCUGCGUCUACAUCGUGUAAACCCUGAAAUCUUCGAGCGCGUUGGAUAUGAGAAGGGCAAGUCUUUUAUCUCUACUCGGAAUGUGACUCGCCUAGGUGCAGUCUAUCGAAGCUUUAGAGAUGUCAAUUCGGAUCUAGACUUGGAGGACCUAGACUCCGCGUCUUCGAUCCAGCAAAGCGCGAACACACAAUUUGCUGGGGGACCUGGAAUGAAUGCUAUAUCAGUCCCCCAUGCUCGCGCAUGGACGAAGAGUGCUCAUGUCGAUGCUCGCAUGGGCAUGCAGCCACGAUCAAACCUCAGGGCAGACACAAACCCCAUUGCUUGGAUGCGUGGUGUGAAAAUAUCAGGUUGGGAUAUCGAGACUCUGGGAGACGAGAUCAGCCACGUAGGAGACAUGUUCACGAAGGUUGCCUUUGAAUCAGUUGAUGUCCGCCAGAGAAAGAUCACCAUAUCGCUGAAUGGACCAUGGGGUGAAAAGGGUGACACCCUUUUCUUAAAAGUGGAUAUAAAAUUCCCGGUCAGCUAUCCGAAAACCGCUAUUCCAACCUUCAAUUGCCAGAAAACCGCAGCUGUGACCGAUGAAUUGUCUGGCAAGAUUACAGCUGAAUUGCGAACAAUUGCUGAAACCUACAUGUCUCGUAAACGAGGAUGCCUGGAAGGCGCUGUACGUUAUCUUCUGGGCGAGAGUUCACUGGAGGAGAGCGUGGCGUUGGUCCUGGGUGAAACAGCUGACACGGUCAAAUCCCCAAUAAACGGUGAACUGGAAGGCGAAUCCAGCGAUGAAGAUGAAGUUGGUAUGACACAGAGUCAGGAGUUGGGAAUGAGCUCUGAGCUGCUCCGCCCGGUGAAUGCCAAUGUUAUGGUCCCGGUAGCAAAGGGAUGCGGUGCGCUAUGGGCAAAUGAUGGCCGUCUUAUUUGCUUUUUCCCUGCUAAAAAAGACAAAUCCACGGCUCUAUUUGACAAUCUUGGUUUUAAGGAGAUGAGCAGAUUGUCUCGGACAGACAAAGUUUUUGAAGGGUUCGGGCGCCUGCAGACUAGCUCCCCGGGACCACGCAUGACCGGUACUAUCACAAGCACGGUCGAUGGUGCAUCAGAUGACUCCGAUGAUUCAUACUCCGAGACCUCGAGUUCGUCAGGCUCUUCUGAUAUUCUCUCUGGAAUACCUGCCACUCGGUUUCAGCCACCACAGACUUGGCGUAGUGCCGGCAGUAUGGGAAUUUAUCGGCCUCGGUCUACUGACAAUUCGCAACGGUCAAUUGGUGGUGCUGCGACGAGCAAAUCAGCCGAUUUAGCUCAAAAUGUAGUCUCUAUUCACGAUCUCAGCGAUCUGCUACCCGUCAAAAGGGAACUGGCUAGCAAAUACCGCAUCUGCGGCGAGGGGACAGUUGUGUGCGCCCAUAAUGCUGCAGUCGCCCUGGAUGCUGGGUAUUACGAACUGGCUCAAAUAUGGGGCCUGAUCAAGCUCAUCUUGCACGUUCAGCGAAAGCCCGUCUCUCCUAAAGACGCCAAAAUGGGGACGCGACGGGCCUUGAGAAAAGAAGGCCUCGAUAUUAGCCACAGCCUAGGCAAAAGUGGUUUAUACAAAGAUGUCGCUAACAGUGUUAUCCGAUGGGGCGAUCACCCCUUGGGUAGCCACUGGCUUGUUUCCGCUCUUUUCGACCAUUUUGAGAGUAUCGGCGACGUGCAAAUGGUCGCUAUGCUCUCUUGUGUCCUCUUCGAACCCAACAAGGAAGGAGGGUCAGAAAAAGUGAAAGAAAAACAUCCCGAACAACAGGAUUUCUCCUUGGACUUCUCCCCUGUCACAUCAAAUGCACAGAACAAAUCGCUUGCUACCACCCCAGCUUCAUCUGUCCCAAGAGAGCCACAAGUCAUGCCUCCCCACACAUCAGCACGGUCAUCGAGCGAGCUUUGGCGAGCUGACUCCACGCCUCCUUAUUCUACUGGCACCACACCUCCCUACCUAUCCCGCCCACGCGGCAUAGCCGCUAACCGGAAAGCACAGAGCCAAAAUGUAUCCAUGGCGGCGUCACCUGAUCAGCAGUCUCAUCCACGAAGUGGGUCCGGGUUUGGCUCGGUCCUAGCGUCUUCACUAUCACGCUCAUUCACAUUUGGGCCAUCAUCGGCAUCUCCUCCAGUAAAUCAUUUGAGCAAGAAGAAACAAAGUCCAGGCGAGAGCCCGAGUGUGGUGACUAUUCAGGUGCCCUCGUCGGACACCGAAAGUGAUCAGCCUCCCCCCAAGGCCAUGAAGUCUACCACACGAUUCAAAGUCACUUUCAAGAAUCAAAGUGAAUUCAAUGGUGACGAGUCUACACCGGGCUAUUGCCUUUUAGACCGAAGCAAAGAAUGGCUCUGGAAAUCGUACCGUGCUGCGUAUGCCGAUAUAUUGUCCAUGUGGGAUCUCCCUAUUCAACAAGCCGAGGUCCUCAAGAUUGGCGAAGUGGCCGACGAUAUAGAUGACAUGCACAUGAGCCAUUAUUGGAACAGUCACAGUUCUAAGAUGUCUCCACUUCGUGAAUCGAGAAAGCGUGAUACCAUGGAAGGUCUUGAGGGUCUCGACUUCCAGCGUCACUGUGCUAACUGCGGCCAUGCCCUGCAAACGUCCAUUUUUGCUCCGACACCCGUGGCUCCUGAUACUCCGUCUAAGCGCAAUCGCCAGUCUUCAUUCCGCCGUUGUUCGAACUGCAAACCACGACAAGCACUACCCACCAAGCUCCCUUGUGUGAUCUGUCAUGAAGUCGUGGAUGGAAUGCUAGUGCCCUGUCUCAGCUGUGGCCAUGUGAGCUGUUUCGACUGUCAUCAACGCUGGUUCCUCCCAGCUGAUCUCAAUAAUCCUGGCGACUUACCUCCGCCAUCAUGUCCCAGCGGAUGUGGCUGUAAUUGCUUUGAACAUGUUGCAGCUGCUGUGCCCAUGCCGGCAUGGGAGCCGGUCUCCCCAAACCCAAGAGAGAAUCCUAUUAGUCCCGUCCAGACACUCGCCCAAGAAAAGCGUCAUCGUCGUCGCCAAUCUGAGCCUGCUGGAACCAAUGGCUCAGGUCGAAAAACACCUACCUUGAAAAUUGGCGUGGGACAACAAGAAAAUGACCUGGAUGUAUUCCAAACCUCUUCACCGUUUGCAUCUCUUGCACGAGGUAUGGGCGGUGGACUCAGCCAAGGUCUACGCUCGAAGGAGGAUCACCGGAGAAAGAACCGCUCCAUUGCGAUCGCCAUGCCCAAGCGGAAAUAA